AUGUUCAUGGCUCUGAAUAAGAUUGAAUCGGAAACGACAUAUCCAAACAUGUUCAGGAUAGUAUCUCUGGCAUUUAAUAUCUUAGUAGCCAUUCACUGGUCUACAUGUUUUUAUUAUCAAUUUAGUAAAUGGUCAACGCUAGGGUCUACACAAUUUGUUUUCCGAAAAAACGGUCAAGAUGCGUCGACUUUAUAUGAUUACAUGGCCUGCUGUUAUUGGUCUACGAUGAUGUUGUUAACGUUAGUUGAAGUGAAUAAACCUACCACGAGCUUAGAAUUUUUCUAUGCUAUAGUUUUAGUUUUAACAGGGGUUUUGUUAGUUGCUUACAUUGUUGGAGAAAUUGGAAAUGCUGUUUCAAAAGUUAGCGCACAAAGAGGCGAAUUCCAAGCAAAAUUAGAUGCCAUUAAACGUUAUAUAAUUUAUAGAAAAAUUGGAAAAACUUUGGAGUCUGAAAUACUGUCAUGGUUUGACUAUUUGAAAACUGAAGGAGGAGAAAAUUCCUUCACAGACGAAGAUUCUAUAUUAGAAAUACUUCCAAGAAGUCUUCAAAUAGAAAUUAAUUCGAGUGUCCAUGCAGCCACAUUAAACAGAGUAAAUCUCUUCAAAAAUUGCGAUAAGGGACUGCUAAAUCAAUUGGUUUUGAAGCUAAAACCAAUUGUGUUCGGACCAGGAGAUUAUAUAUGUAGAAAAGGAGACAUUGGAAGAGAAAUGUACAUCCUCAAAAAAGGGAAGCUGGCUGUUGUAGGAGAUAACGGACAACAAACAUUCGCUCAUCUGUCAGAUGGUGCGGUUUUUGGAGAAAUUAGCCUUCUGAAUAUUGUAGGCAAGAGAACUGCAAAUAUUCGAAGCGUCGGUUAUUCUAAUCUUUUCUUUCUUUCUAAGGAAGAUUUAUGGGAAACGCUGAAAGAAUAUCCUGAAACUGCUCAAACCUUGUUAGAUACUGGCAGACAGUUGUUACAAAAAGACAAUUUGUUGGAUAUGGAACUAGCUCAAAAGGCGAUACAAAAUGGUAUUAUAUCAAAUAGUGAUAAAAUACUUCAUUUAGAAAGCAAGCUUGAUGUUGCCCAGACCAAUGCGGCGAGAUUAUUAGGUGAAAUAAUAUCAAUAUGGAGCAAAUUGAAGCAAAGAAUCGAUGUCUUGAACGACGAUUUGUCACAAGUACAAGAGACGCAAGAAAUUUUAUAA